UUCAGUUUACUGGGCCUCUUCUGGCUCACUCCUUGUGAGCGUGGACUUACACGGCGUGAUACACACCAUCACAAACCAGCCGGUUGACAAACUUUGUCUUUCUUUCUUUACCUACCUUAGCCAGCUCGACACUCCUUCACUAUCACCACUACCUACAAUAUCCAACAGGAUCGAUCACUCACUCACUCGACGAGGGCUAGUCCCAAUGACUAUGCCAUAAUCACACAUAUCAAAACAACCCGACAGACAUGACUCUCUACACGGACCCACCGGCCUUGAGGCCGUUCAGCGACGACAAGCCAGUUCUGCUCGUGAGCUGGUGGCUCACCCUCUUCUGCACCGUCGUCAUCAUCCUCCGUGUGCUUGGGCGCUAUGUGCGCAUGGAAAAGUUGUUCCUCGAGGACAAGAUCGCAGCCCUCUCCCUGAUUCCCAUGUACAUCCGAAUCGCAUGUGUGCAUGUGGUUCUUGUAUACGGCACCAACAACGUUGAGCUCGUGAACAAGGAGGGACUGCAUCUCUCCGAGCAGGCGAUAGAUAGGCGGGUGGUUGGAAGCAAGCUUGUUUUGGCUACUCGUUUCUUUUACUUUACUACCCUAUGGACCCUCAAAACAAUCACCCUCCUCUUCUUCAACCGCCUCGUCGGCACCGCUGGCAAAUCCAGUUACAACCUCACUCUGCGCUUCCUGCAAACCACCAUCGGCCUCACCUUUCUCGCCUGCUUCAUCAGCAACCUCUCCGAAUGCUUCCCGGUAACCCACUACUGGCAAGUCAGUCCCGACCCCGGUGGGCAAUGCCGGCAAUCCUACGCGCACCUUCUCGUCGUGGCAGCCUGCAGCGUCCUCACCGACUUGUUGCUCGUCGUCUUCCCCAUCCCGAUCCUGAUCCAGUCGCGCAUCAAGCUUAAGCGCAAAGUCCUUUUGGUGAGCCUUUUCUGCCUGGGCCUGUGCACAGUCUGCAUCACGCUGUACCGGGUGCCCAACAUUUUGGCAGAAAAAGGGUACCAGGGCACGCGAACAAUGUGGGCGAGCGUGGAGAUUCUGGUGGCGACGUUUGUCAACAAUGCGAUUGCGCUGGGCACGUUUGUGAGGGAUACGGGACCCAAGAAGAAGAAGUUUAAGCCGUAUGUUUCUCCGGUGGAUGCUGCGUAUGCGAGGGAUACGAAGACCGGAUCUCUGAUGACUAGACGGACGACCAUGAAUUCGUUCGCUAAUAGAACGAAUAAUGAUAAGAGGGGGAGCAUGAUAUACGGGCCUAACGGCGUCAGUGCAGCGGCGGGGAGCGAUAAUAAGGCUGGUAUUAUUAUCAGGAGGGAUACUAUUGGGAGUAGUGGGACGAUUGCUAGCACGCCCCAUGAAAAUGGAGGACUGCACGGAGAUCAAGAAGCACGGGAAGCACGGGGUAGCGUCGCCUCUAGCAACGGAAACCUUCCCGAAGCAAAACCAAGAUCAAGGGAUUCCCAAGAGUCGUUGAUUCCCAAACCUGACAUGUACUUCGGUACGGUCAUGAAGACGACAGAAAUCAGCGUCACGGUCACGGAGGCCAACGAGGACGAUUUGAGAGCGCAGCAUGAUGGCGGACGGGUGCCGCAGAGUCCGUACGGUAGUCAUCAUCAGAUUAGGGAGGCGCCGAGGAUCGUGGCGGCUGGGGAGAGGGGCGUGACGAGGGGGACGACCAAGUUGUUAAGGUCGUUGCCUGGGAAGGAGGAGGAGGAGGUUUGAUUGACGAUGAUGUUGAUGAGGUGUUGUGUGACUGGAUGAUGGCAUGUACAUUAUGAUGAUGGGGGACUUUUUUGGAUACCCUCUUUUUAGCUUUUCUUGUUGAUUGAUACGGUAGCAGCGUCUAAAGAAGCGGCUUCGUUGCAAUUGUUUUUGUUGCAGUAUUCCC